UGGGGAAGCAAAAAAAACGUCCCAAAGGACUUUUCGUCUUUUCGGCUCUUUGACUUCUUUCUUUUCUCCUGUAACUCGACCAGCCGGUAGACCUGUCUCUCGAAGCUCCUGAGACUCUGUUUGAUUCUUUAUCUCGGCCUGGAUGCGGCAUCCUUGUUUCUGCGACUCCUGUUUUCGAACAAAUUCCGUUUUUGCGCCGUUUUAUACCUACCGUUCUUCCGCGCUCAAGUCAGAUACCAAGUCAUUGAAGCCAACAUCCUCGCACUUUUGGCGAGACAUACUCAAUUGAGUUGAAUACCUUCCGGAAUACUCCUCCAAUCACUUCCCGGGAGAUUCGCAGCAGCUACGAUCAUUUUCGAGUCUCUACCCCGCAAUCCUGAGAAGCUACCUGGUAACACUGCGCGCGCAUCAUAUUAGAGGAGAUAGGACAUGCCACCAAGGGCGGAAAAGGGGGCUAAGACGGUGCCCGGGUCAUCCUCCACGGCAAGGAGAACAGGUGGGGGAGAUAGCAGUUUGAGGGGCGGCUCUUCGUCACGCGGAGGUAGAGGGGGAGUAACGAAGUCGAAAGCCAGAGAAUCGCGAACUUCAGAUAUACAGCCCGGUGACCCCCUACCUGUCAAGCGGAAACACCGUUAUCACCCUGGAACCGUUGCGCUAAAGGAAAUCCGACGAUACCAGAAAUCAUGGGAUCUUCUUCUUCUUAAACUACCCUUCGCUCGUCUAGUCCGUGAAAUUGCCAUGGACCUGCUACCGUCAGAAGUCGGCCAGGAACUACGGUGGCAGUCGCAAGCAAUACAAGCUCUGCAAGAAGCCGCUGAAGCGUUUCUAAUCCACCUAUUCGAAGAUACAAACCUCUGUGCCAUCCACGCUAAACGAGUCACCAUCAUGCAAAAGGACAUACAACUAGCACGAAGGAUAAGAGGCGCAUGGGGCGGACUGGGCUAA